AGAAAAUGAGAAUGAGUGUUGAAGUAAAGAGUGUACCCGAAACAAGCAUCAACCAGUGAGAAGUAAGAUAGAGCAACAAAGAGAGUUGCUAUAGUGUGAGUGUAAGAACUGUAAAAUCGAAGCGGGUCUUGACUUAGCAAUAAUAAAAUUCAAGUUAUGAUCCCGCGAUUGUGCCCAACAACAACAUUCAACAGAUGAUGCCUGCAUUUCCAUGCACUACUAAAUCAACAUGCGUUUGCUUCGGUUAUUCUUUUUUCCACCACGUAAGCCUAAUUCUUGCCUUGUGGCAGUCUACUCCACAAAUAGGCAAAGGCGCGCAACAAACGUAUUUGGAGCACUGCACUACUCUCUAACAACCAAAAUCAAUUCAUCGAUGUUUUUCACUACAAUUCCAAAAGUUUGAAGCCUUCUCUUCAAUGGCGACGCGAGGCAUCGUUUACUAAGGCAAGAGCUUGCAGGUUUGUAUUAAGUCCAGACCACAAGAGAGUGUUACUGCGUUUAGGUGUUUCAAAUAGUGUUUAAACUGCUAGAGGCCAACAUUAAUUUGAACCUGAUAAAGAUGAAUUUUGGUGAGGAUAUGGAGUCAAAUGUUGAUUUUCACAUAAAAGAUGAGGCAGAAAGGCUGCUUAAAGAGAUUGAGCUGUUGAAGAAGAAUGUUGAGAACUCUGAGCUCUAUUCUGAAAUGCGCUUGGAUCUCAAACAGAAUAAAACACUUCAAAAACACUUCUUCCGCAUUUUAGGCUCCCAUUCACAUGUUCAGGUGGUAAUCUAUGGUUUGGGAAGCAUCGAAUACAAUUUUAGUUCACAGUUUCAGCUUGCUGUAGCUCUCCUACUUAAACGAGAUUUUUCCAAUUGCAUUGGCAACAUAGAAAUAUACGAUCCCUGCAUGUCUCCAGCUGAUAUCAUAGUUUUCGAGAAACUAGGUCUUAAGGUUCUCACCAUUGAUGAAAAUUGUAAGAAGAGAGUUCAGAGACCAACAAUGUUCUACAUGCCUAAUCCGUAUUGUUAUCUUGUUGGCAACCUCUUGGGAGCAAACUGGUCUUCAUCUUGUCUUAGCCAGAUUUCUUUGCUGACAAACUCAUUUUGCGAGACGUUGUCCCAGAUGCAACGAACUAGUCAUAAUCUAGAAACAGCGCUACGCUUGGAGAGAAUUCUUGACGUCACAACAGAGAUUGCCAUAAAAACUAGUAAAAAUCAGAUAUAUGCUAGUUUGUUCUCAACAGAGAUUGCCUGGCAUUUCUUUGAUGUGGAUCCCAACAUUGACAUUGACAUUGACAAACCGGGAUGUUAUUGGUUGGACAUGCAAAGGCAUCUUGAAGAAGAAUUUUUGGUAGAUAUGGAAAAGGAUAUCAUGACCAGUAAGCAAUUUGCAGAAUUUUUGAGUGAUCAUCGUGGGGCUCGUCGCUUAAGAUGCAACACAGUUCCUCUGCCUCCAGGUUGGAUUAAGCUAAACAUCUAUGGUAUUGGUACAAAGGGUGAUCAGCCAGGACGAUAUAGUGGCAUCUUCAAAGAUGAAAAAGGGAAGUGUUUUGAUAGGUAUAGGGGUAAUAUUGAUGUUGAAGACAAUGUGAUUGCUGGACUAGAGGCCUUGAAGAUUGGGUUGGCCGGAUGUGUGGAAGGAAUGCCAAUUGCACAAAAGCUGAUUGUGGAGUCCGAUGAUGUUAUACUUGUCCAUUAUGUUAAUGGUCUCCCUGAGCCAAAUGACACAGCCAUGCACAUGGUGUCGGAAAUUUUUGACUUGCUGAAACGUUUAACUUGUGCAGUUUACCAUAUCUACGAAGAAGCCAAUGAAGCUGCCAGAGACUUGGCUCUGAGAGGUGAAUGUUCCAAUAGUGCAUAGAUAGCUUUGUUUUUUACUCAAAGGGUUAAGGUGAAUCUUUUAGGUUGAACUAAGGUUUCAAAUUCAAUUUGCAUUUUAUGGCAAAUGGUGUUUCUAGCAAAUUUGUCAAAGGUGGAGACAUUUACUUGUCAUCCUUUUUGUUUAAUUGUGCUUUUGAAUGUUUAGGAUAAUAUACCUUUCUGUUUUAAUUGCUAGUUUCUACUGAAUUGCUUCUAUGUUUUGGAAUUUAUGAUUGGAAAUAUUAGAAGAAAUUAAGUA